GAUGACUCACUUCGACGUGCAAAUGAAACACAUGCAGGCUAUAAACAAUGAUAAGACCUAUGACUCACAGCCCAGGUAUAUGAACUCUGAUAGUACUGGAUUAUGCCCGUCUUGUAAAGAAUCAAAGGUACCUGCAGAUGACACAGAGGCUCGGGCGUUAUGUCUACAACAUUUGGUCGAAAUUAAUUAUAUAUGCUUGAAUUGUGACUACAGACUAGCUUGUAACAUCUGUGCUUCAAUCUCGCACAUUGGUCAUAAUAUUAUUGAUAUUGCAAAUUACGCUAGAAGGGAAGAUGGUCUGUAUCCGAAGUUACCUGAUCAAUCUGAUGUCCUUAGCAUGCAAAAGUCGUUAGUAGAGAAUAGCAUUAAUGAGCACUUUGAUCAGAUCAUAGCAUAUGUAAAUGCCGAAAAGCGAAAUUUAAUUGAAAUUCUGGAAAAUUCAUAUGUAAACUAUCAGAAUGCUGGUAUUAAUCCAGGGGAAGAUAUGAAAAGGUCCGAAAUGGUAUUCAAUUUCAAACCAGGUACCCCAGGAAGCGUUUUGGAUACGAAAAUUACUGGAGAAUUAUACAUAUCAGGAUCACUCGUCCAAGCAAGAGAUGGUUUUAGAAACCUAGGAGCAUUUGUAAAUAGCAGGCAGAUGGAUUUUAAGAAGUGCGAUAGCGUUUUUAUUAACGAGGAUGGAAUUUAUAAUGUCGAUUCAAAGAGACAAGUUACACUCUCUAAAACCUACUCUAUAAAAUUUACAGAUUUCGACGGCAAUGUCACCAAGCUAUAUUCAACCAAAUCAGAAUUAGGCGAUCUAUGUGUCAUUAAAGGGGAAGUUUAUGUUCAUGAUAUCACUCAAGGGCAUAUCAUGCUUGGCUUGCAAAGUAAUGAAUUCAUCAAGCAAAAUAUCUCAACUUUUACUGUAAAUCUUUCGCAUAAUGGUCAGGUUUUGAUUACUUGUUUGUCAGAAGAUAAGAAAACCGUUUGGCUAUAUAAAGGUUCAAAGUUCAUACAGGCUUUUCAAAUGCAGAGUUCAGUCAAAAAUUUAUUACCAACAAAGAGUGGAGAUGUUUUAAUUGAAACUCACGUCAAUGACCCAAAAUUUUUUAAUAUUCUAUCAACAAAGAGGACCUCCAUUUCUCUAUAUAGUUCCACCACUCAGAAGCAAUUAAAAGAAUUUAAGACGAGUGUUCAAACCUUUUCCAUAUAUCCAACUAUGGAUGGAGGUUUCUUAAUAUAUUCCCAAUCCACUGGAAAAUUAAUAGCUCUGGAUACAGAUUUGCAAUUUAGAUCUAGUUGGGAAUAUCCCGCUGAUAAAUGUUAUGUCUUUGGGCCUACUUACAAACAAUUGGACGAAUUUUAUAUAGCAAAUUGCUCUAAAAGCAAGGGUCUGCUAUGUAGCAAACAUGACGGCACGACGUGCGAUUCCUGUAGACAACAGCCGAUUUAUGGCAUACGAUGGAAAUGCUCCGAUUGUAUUAAUUUCGAAUUGUGUUCUGUUUGCUAUCACAACGAUAAACAUAAUCUUAGACAUAGGUUUCAUAGGAUUGCUACACCUGGAGGAGAUAGGGUAUUGAUGGAAAUGAGGCGAAAAAGUAAAAAAAUCACUACUCGCGGCAUAUUCCCUGGUGCAAGAGUUGUUAGGGGAGUUGAUUGGCAAUGGGAAGAUCAGGACGGCGGCAAUGGGAGACGGGGAAAAGUUAGCGAAAUUCAAGAUUGGGCUGCCCAAUCUCCUCGUAGUGCUGCUUACGUACUAUGGGACAUAGGAACAAAAAAUUUAUAUAGGAGUGGCUUUGAAGGAAUGGCUGAUCUGAAGGUGGUUAGCGAUGCCAAGGGAUCACAAUGCUACAGAGAUCAUCUUCCACUUUUAGGAGAACAAGCGACUGGGACUAGGUCUGGAGCUGGUGGAUUAGCUAUGGGAGAUCAAGUUAAUGUUGAUCUCGAUUUAGAAAUUGUUCAAACCCUGCAACAUGGUCACGGUGGAUGGACGGAUGGCAUGUUUGAGUGCUUGGGAACUACUGGCAACGUUGUUGGCAUUGACGAAGACUACGAUAUUGUUGUUUCCUAUCCUAGUGGAAAUAGAUGGACUUUUAACCCAGCUGUCUUGACCAAAGCUAAUACCUUACCUAGUUCGGCAAGCUCGUCUGAAAAUUCAUCCGCUAAUACGAAUUUCUCUGUUGGGGAUAUAGUUCAGAUUUGCAGCGAUAUUGAAAGGAUUAAGUCGCUGCAGAGAGGACACGGAGAAUGGGCAGAGGCUAUGCUGCCAACAUUGGGCAAGAUUGGCCGAGUCCAACAAAUUUAUCACGACAACGACUUGAAAGUGGAAGUUUGUGGCACCUCAUGGACAUAUAAUCCCUUAGCCGUCACGAAAGUGGCUUCGGCAGAUGGAGCCACUGUCGGUCAUACAGCUGGAGAGCGUUUGGGAGCCCUCUUAAAAAAAUUAUUUGAAACACACGUAAGCGGCGAUGUCAAUGAAGAUUUAGUGAAGAGUGCUGCGAAUGGAGAUUCACAAAAAGUCGAAGAUAUUUUAACAAGAAAGUGUCCGGAAGCGGAUGUAAAUGGCGUCUUUGCUGGUCACACAGCACUGCAAGCGGCGUCACAAAAUGGUCAUCUGGAUGUGAUUAAAGUAUUGAUAAAGUACAAUGUCGAUUUGGAAGUAGAAGAUAAGGAUGGAGACCGUUCAAUACAUCACGCUGCUUUUGGUGACGAACCCUUAGCUAUAGAGUUACUAUAUAGUGCCGGAUGCGAUCUUAACUCUAGGAAUAAGAGACGACAAACCGCUUUACAUAUAGCAGUGAAUAAAGGACAUAUUGGUGUUGUGAAGAUGUUAUUAAAAUUAAGCUGUCAUCCAAGCUUACAGGAUAUAGAAGGCGACGCUCCGUUGCACGACUCGAUAAGCAAAAAGAGGGACGACAUGCUGACGUUGUUAUUAGAUCACCACGCCGAUAUGACGGUCGCUAAUAAUAACGGAUUUAAUGCAUUACAUCACGCGGCGCUUAGAGGAAAUCCCAGCCGAAGAAUUCGGGCAAUGCACACAGCUGGUUGA